AUGUCUAUUCAUCUGUUCAAAUUAAAACGAUAUUUAACUCAUGUUGAACAUUGUGUUAGAUAUACACCUUCAUUAACUAAAUGGAAUCAAGUUUCUAGGUUAUUUACUAAUUUAUCCAAUUCAUCGUCUUCCAAUGCACAUCGCUUAAACACAGUUGUACCGAAAGGUUUCGAAAAAUACUUUCCGGGUGGUGGUAGUAAAGGACCUCAAGCAAAAGAGCCAAAUGCAAAUCAACGUCCUCCAGCUCCACCAAAAGAACCUACUCCUAGCGAAAAACCAUCUUCAGGUAGUCAACCAAAACCGCCUACACCGGGUUCGAGUUCUGGUGGCCGUGGAACAUCAUCGUCAGGCGGCGGUGUUCCUUGGCGUGGUUUAGAAUUUAAAUUCACUCCGGGUGAUAAAAAUUCCUUAUUUAAUAAUCGUACAGCCCUUGCCGUACUUAUUGGCAGUGGCAUAGCUGCUUAUUUUGCAUAUAACAAUACAUUGUAUAGAGAAAUAACCUGGAAAGAUUUCAUUUCACAGUAUUUACUGAAAGGAUAUGUAGAUAAACUCGAAGUAGUGAAUAAAAAAUGGGUUCGUGUAAGACUUCUUCCUGGUGCACCAGAUUCAAUGAAUACUUUAUGGUUCGCUAUUGGAUCUGUUGAUUCAUUCGAACGUAAUCUCGAGAAUGUUCAAACCGAACAUGGCAUUGAUGCUGGUGGUUAUGUACCUGUUUUAUAUAAAACAGAAGCUGACGCAAGCACAUUAUUGAGUGUUGCAUCAUGGGUGUUGCCUAUAGUUUUCUUUGUUUGGCUGUUUCGACGAGCCGGUUCAGCGAUGGGACAAAUGGGUGGAAUGGGAGGCAAAGGAGGAUCUGGUGGAAUAUUCGGAAUGGGAAAUACAACCGCGCGAAUUGUUAAAGAGAAUGUUGGCACAUCAUUUAAAGAUGUAGCUGGAUGUGAAGAAGCGAAGCUUGAAAUUAUGGAAUUCGUUAAUUUCUUAAAAAAUCCACAACAGUAUCUUGAUCUUGGUGCAAAAAUUCCUAAAGGUGCUAUUCUAACUGGACCACCAGGCACAGGCAAAACUUUAUUAGCAAAAGCGACUGCUGGUGAAGCUGGUGUUCCUUUUAUUACUGUAUCCGGUUCUGAAUUUCUUGAAAUGUUUGUUGGUGUUGGUCCGUCUCGUGUUCGUGAUAUGUUUGCAUUAGCGCGUAAAAAUGCACCAUGUAUUUUAUUCAUUGAUGAAAUCGAUGCUAUUGGAAGAAAACGGGGUGGACGUUCAAUGGGUGGCCAUAGUGAACAAGAAAAUACUUUAAAUCAACUUUUAGUUGAAUUGGAUGGUUUUACAGGACAUCAAAAUGUUAUUGUAUUAGCGGCAACUAAUCGAAUGGAUAUUUUAGAUUCAGCUUUAUUACGUCCUGGAAGAUUUGAUCGACAAAUAUAUGUCGGCUUGCCAGAUAUUAAAGGACGUGCUAGCGUAUUUAAAGUUCAUUUAGCACGUUUGAAGACUUCGUUAGAUAAAAAUGCAUUAUCUAAAAAACUGUCAGCAAGAACACCAGGAUUUUCAGGUGCUGAUGUCUCGAACGUUUGCAAUGAAGCAGCACUGAUUGCAGCGCGUGAUUUAAAUACUGAAAUCGAAUUGAAACAUUUUGAAGCGGCCAUCGAUCGAGUUAUUGCCGGUAUGGAGAAAAAAUCCCAAGUACUACAACCAGAAGAGAAAAAACAAGUCGCAUUUCAUGAAGCUGGUCAUGCUGUAUGUGGUUGGUUUUUACCGCAUGCUGAACCGAUUAUUAAAGUAUCGAUUAUUCCUCGUGGUAAAGCACUUGGUUACGCACAAUAUAUGCCUAAAGAGCAAUAUUUAUAUACCAAAGAUCAACUAUUCGAUCGCAUGUGUGUUAUGCUCGGUGGUCGUGUAGCUGAACAAAUAUUUUUUAAUCGUAUCUCAACAGGUGCACAAGAUGACUUACAAAAAAUAACUCAAUCAGCUUAUUCACAAGUUGUCCGUUAUGGUAUGUCCGAGAAAGUUGGUAAUAUUUCAUUUGAUAUGCCUCAGCAAGGAGAUAUGGCUUUUGAUAAGCCUUAUUCUGAAGCAACGGCACAAUUAAUUGAUGAUGAAGUCCGCGCAAUAAUUAGACGUGCAUAUGAUUUCACAUUUGAAUUAUUAACGUCGAAAAGAGAUCUAAUCGAAAAAGUUGGACUUCAUUUAUUAGAACGUGAAGUUUUGUCACGUGAUGAUAUGAUUGAAUUAGUUGGAAAACGACCAUUUUUAGAGAAAACAACCUAUGAAGACUUCGUUGAAGGAACAGGUUCAUUAGAAGAAGAUACAACUUUACCAAAAGGUUUACAAGAUUGGAAUAAAGAAAGACCAACAGAUAAAGAAGCUAAAGAAAAACAACCAGCAUCGAACUGA